AGACUUUGUGUGCCAAUGGGAGCAUUGCUGACCUGCGAGGUACCACCAAUCCAUCUCUUAACGAUGUGCUACGAACAUGGCGGUACUCAGAUUUAUGUAAAGUAUCCGGGAAGAACUGUCCGUAAAAUGGACACAAGGGUUUGGGAUCCCAUAUAAAUGUCGGCUCAAAGCAUGUGCAAUGAUAUAACAUGUCGUCACAACGGAAGAACGAUUACUGCACUAUGAGUGCUGCAACUACAACGGCCAAAUCAACCCUCUGGAUAUGGCCCUCCGGCCUCUUUCCCCGGCGCCUCAUCUACUACUUCCGCGCCAAACACGUCACCCUCAGCACCCUCUCAUCGCACAACAUCCACCUCAUCCCCGUCUCGCUCACCACCUCGCCUCCGGCUCUCGGGUCCAGACCAGGCCAUGAAGCUCGCCCAGCGGACUCCUCUCUCCCAAUCAUGCGCAUUGAACAUGCAGAUGGGCGCACGGUGUGGAUCCGCGAGAGCGUUUCUAUACUCGAGUAUUUUGAGGAGUUGUUUCCUGUGUCCGAUGGAUGGGAAGACCUCAGAGGUGAGACAGCAGAACCGCGAGCGCGGACGAGGGACGUUCUAAGUCUGCUCAACGACGCAAUGCACUGGGGUUUCAUAUCGCUUAUCCACUCGGAUCCCAGAACAACAUUCUGGUCUGGCCUGAGCGAAUGGGAGAUGAGUCCCAGCACCGCUGCGCAUGCGCAUAAAAAACAGCGAUUUUACCUGGAGAGGCUGGACCGGUGGUUGGAAGUGGAUGGAGGGCAGGAGAUGGAGGUUGCGACGCUGGCGGGCUUGGUGUUGUUGGCGAAUGUGGAGUAUCCUGAGAUGAUGUAUGGGACGGAUUGGGUCGGCGGACAUGAUGUGUUGAGGGCGUGGGUCGAGGCGAUGAAGGGGGAGGAGUGGUAUGUGGGAAACGAGGAAUUGAAGGGUGUUGAGAGAGGAGAGGGGUGGGAGACGUUGCUGGGAGACUGAAACAGAGGACGAAGUUUAAUGGAACCAUAUAUUCAUGUACUUGUUAUAGAGCAAGUUGUGACACAUCCAAGCCUUCAACGCCAAAAAACCACCACAGUGUCCAGAGU